GAAGACAAAUAAACGUUUCCCUUUACUUGCCCCAAGCAAGUAAACACUCCAGCCAAAAGUUUUGGGUUUUGAGUAAACACACCAAGCAAUGGAAAUGGAAAUGAACUCCUCUUUUGGAGAGACAACAGCGGGCUACCCGGACUACAGCUCAGAGACGGACGCUCCGUUUUGCAACAGAGAAACUAACCACGACUUUGGGGUCAAACUCUCCACCUUCUACCUGCUGAUAUUCACACUGAGCGUGGUGGGAAACAGCUUGGUCCUCUACAUCCUCUGCAAGUUCGAGAAACUCAACACGGUGGGGAACAUCUUCCUCCUCAACCUGGUGGUGUCGGACCUGGUCUUCAUGUCCGGUCUGCCCUUCUGGGCCGUAUACCACCACAAGUCCAGCUGGGUCUUCGGCCGGGCCUGGUGUAAGAUCGUGGGCAGCGCCUACUUCCUUGGUUUCUACAGCUCGAUCCUGUUCCUCACCCUCAUGACAUUUGACCGGUACCUGGCGGUGGUCUACGCCGUGCCAUCCACCAGGCUACGUCGGAGGAGCUACGCCCUCGCCUCGUCCGCCGCUGUGUGGGGCAUCAGCCUCCUGGCGUGCAUCAAGCCGUUUCUACUCUAUGACCAGGCCGAGCAUUACUCCCAGGGGUUGGUGUGUGAGGAGGUUGGUACCUCAGAAUCGAUUGACUUUGAGGUAUUGAAACUGUCGGGGCGAUACCUCCAGCUAGGUUUGUUUUUCCUAUUUCCUCUCAUUGUUGUUUUUUACUGCUACAUUAGGAUCUGCCUGACCGUCAUCGCCUCCAGGAUGACCAACAAGUACAGGACGGUGAGACUCAUAUUUGUCAUAGUACUGCUGUUCUUUGCAUGCUGGACUCCUUAUAAUGUGGUUGUGAUGCUUCAAGCGGAUGAAGUCGACUGUGUGAAAGUCCGUAAACUUGACUAUGCGCUGCAAGUUACUCGUAUGGUCACAUAUCUGUACUUCUGUAUCAAUCCUGCCUUCUACACCUUUGUGGGUAGAAAAUUCCAGAACCACUUCUGGAUUCUGCUGCAGAAACAUAUGCCGUGUCUAAAGAACCAUGUCUCAAUCAAUGGUAGCCGGACACUGUCACAUAUUAGAAACCUUCAAGUGGGUAUGACUAGUCAAACAGAUGUACAGGUAUGAUAUAGGAGCCCUGUGGCGCAGGAAUGUACAUGAAUGAAUGUCUAGAAGUCUCAUAUUGGUUAAUGAAUCUUGAAAAAUGUGUGUGGCUAUUCACCACUGUGCCUCUGCAUUGCUUGCUCUUUGGGGUUUUAGGCUGGAUAUCUGCAAAGCACUUUGUGACAACUGCUGAUGUAAAAAGGGCUUUAUAAAAGUUGUGACAGUACAACAAAUUAAGACCUAACUUAAUGCGUCAUAACAAUGGGCACUCAUUCUUUUUCUACAUUUAGUUUCAGUAACAUGUUUACAUUUUGCCUCUGGCUAACAUUAGCUAGCAAUGGGACCAAACGUUGCAUGCUUUGAAAAUGCCUAUUCCAUGAAUGCCAAAGCAACAUACAGUAUGUUGUUGGUUGUGUUGUCACCCUGUCACUUUUUAACCCCCAAAAUAAUUGCCCCUUGGAUGAUAAUAAAGUGUAUUGACUUGAA